AUGUACCAAAAGCUUGUGUUGGUAAGAUUGGUCUUGAGUCUACUCUACACUGCCUGGUAUCAUAUUUUGACUUGGACUUGGAUGAGCUACUCGAUAGGAAGAAUACAAUGCAAUAGUAUGAAACACCUAUACUCAGAACCUGCUGGAUGGUAUCUGACUCCCCCAAAGAUUAACAAAGCCUUCCUAAUCUUCUUGCGACAUCGAGUCAACGAGCGCGACACGCCAGCGCAGAAUACAAAAUCACAACAAUAA